UUCGCGAGGAGAGCGCGCACUUGUGUCUGACUGACAGCACUCAGCUCAGUAUGACCCAGCAUACGAUGUGUCAAAUUGACACAUGUUCGCUAACAUGCUCUUUCGUAUUUGUUUAACGACAUACUGAUUCUAGCACAUCUCGAUUGACCAUGGAUUACUACCCAGAAAACAACAUAUCUGGGCAUGAUACUCCAUCCCGAGAGACAUGCAUUCCAUUUCCCCGAAAUAAUAGAACAAUAAUCACAGAUGUCUACGCAGGAAUACCUGAGAACUUGUUGUUGAAUGUAAUAGGAUUUGUGAUUUUAGUUACUUUAUUUGGCUUAUUACGUAAGAAAGCUUGGAACUAUGGACGCCUUGCAUUAUUACAUAAGUCUGAUAAUAGAUGGAUGGAGCUGUUCUAUGGUGUUAAUGAAAAUAGAGACACUGAUCCUUUGUGUAUAGAAGCUUCUGUCAAUUCUCAACUCUCUCAAUUGGAUAGAGGAUUUUUCUCGUGGAUUAUUACUGCUUUCAAGAUUACCGACAAUGAAUUAUUACAACGUGCAGGCCCUGAUGGGUUAUUGUAUAUUUUGUUCGAGCGUUGCUUAAUCAUAUUAACCAUUAUGAUGCUUAUUGUAUCGUUGUGUAUAGCUCUGCCCAUAAACUUUCAUGGGACCAUGCAACCAGGAAACAGUACAACAUUUAGUCAUACAACAUUAUCAAAUCUAGAUCCCUCCUCUAAUUGGAUUUGGGUCUACACGGUAUUGCUCUUAUCUUAUCUACCAGUUGGUGGAUUUGUUAUGAGACGUUGUUUGAAGCAGGUACGAGAUACCAGGCCUACUGGAGAAUUUGCAGCAAGAACAUUAUUGAUUACAGAUAUACCAAAACAUCAAUGUACUGUUGAAAAUCUUACAGAAUAUUUUAAAGAAGCAUUUCCCACUUUAACAGUGGAGGACAUUACAUUAGCUCAUGAUAUACAGCGUCUUUCAAAAUUGGAUGCAGAAAGAGAUUGCGCGGAGCAAGCGCGCUUAUAUUGCGAGAGUUAUGCUAAGAAGAGAGAACCUUUGAAAAUGUAUCCUCAUCCAUGUGGUCAAGUUCUUGGAACUUGCUGCAAAAAGCAAGUGGAUGCUCAAGAAUUUUAUACUAAUGAAGAAAUACGAUUAACAGCAUUGAUUGAAGAAGAAAAGAAAGUAGUACUUAGUAAACCUCUUGGAGUAGCUUUUAUAACUUUAGGAACACCUGGUGCAGCUAAAACUAUGCGCAAACAGUUGAGGUCCUCGCCGAAUAUAAAAUGGAUCGUAGAUUAUGCUCCAAUGCCAUCAGAUAUAUUUUGGGAAAACCUAAGUAUCCCCAGGCCAUGCUGGUAUCUAAAUGCUGUAUUAAUAAAUUUCGCUUUGGGGUUAAUAUUAUUUUUCCUUACUACACCAGCUGUCAUAGUAACAACUGUCAAUAAAUUACCGAUUACUGGAGAGAUUAUGAAUUUGAGCACAGUGGUUUCAUCCUUUCUGCCUACUGUACUCUUAGUCAGUGUAGCUGCUUUAAUGCCUGCAUUAGUUGCGAGGUGCGAAUCACUUGUAAGACAUUGGACCAGAAGCAGCUUAAAUCGUACCAUUAUGAGAAAAACAUUGUUACUUUUGCUACUGAUGGUGCUUAUAUUACCUAGCCUAGGAUUAACCAGUGCAGAAGCAUUCCUAGAAUGGACUUUAAAGGAGCGAAAUAACACAGCAAAAUGGGAAUGUGUAUUUUUGCCAGAUCAGGGAGCUCUUUUUGUAAAUUAUGUAAUAACUGCCGCCUUGCUCGGGAGUGGAUUAGAAUUGGUUAGAUUUCCGGAACUCGCACUGUAUACCUUCAGACUCUGUAUAGCUCGCAGUCGAGCGGAAAGGAUACAUGUUAGAAAAGCAGUUCUAUGGGAGUUCCCGCUGGGAGCUCAUUAUGCAUGGUUACUCUUGGUCUUUACUAUGACAACUGUCUAUAGCCUGGCGUGUCCGUUAAUCACUCCCUUUGGUCUACUCUACCUUGUAGUUAAACACUUGGUGGACAGGCAUAAUUUAUGCUUUGCUUAUGGACCAAGUAUUGGUGGUGGUCAACUAGCUGGAGCGGCAGUUGGUGCUGCAGGAGCUGCACCAGUUUUAGCGCAAGCUGCUCUUUUGGCCUUAGGCUUGGUGCGAGGAGGUCUGUCCCCAUUAGCCGCAGUACAACUCAGCGGUCUCUGUGCAACCAUUUUAGGUCUGGUAACUGGUGCUGCGUUGCCGUUAUCGAAACCUAAGACACAAGUACCGAAAAGGGAUCUUUCGACGGGUCAAAAUUUCAUCGCACCAGUAUUACGAAAGAAUAUGACAUUUUUGGAAGAAACUAUAUCGACUGCUUCGGACUCGGAAGCGAAUUUACCAAGUCCGAGAAGUACCACUUCCUCUAUGCAAGAAAGUCCAAAACUUUACCAAAACUAUGGUGGUGAGCAAAGAGUUUAAUACCUGUAUUUGUAUUACACCUGAUAUAUAUAUAUAUAUAUAUAUAUAUAUAUAUAUAUAUAUAUAUAUACAUGGAUAUGUAGAAUGCUCUGUAAUUUAAGAAUCUAUAUAUAAUAUAUAUAUAUAUAUAUAUAUAUAUAUAUAUAUAUAUACUCUAAUUAUUAAUACAUUAAUAAGCUAAUUAUGCAAGCUAGAGAAAAAUUAUAACACAAAUAAUGUACAUUUUAACAUUUCUUAUAUAGAUAGAUAUAUAUCACAUUAACACAAGUUAAUAUUAUUUAUUAUAAUUAUACGUUAUUUAGAAAAAUUAAUUUAGAAAAAUUACAAAAUACUAUUUUAGGAUUAUUCUCUUUAUCUAUUCUUUUAUUUAUAAAUAUAUUUAUAAAUCUUUAUUAUAUAUCACAUGCAAUGCGUUUAAUAGUUUAUCAUAACAGAAAAUAUGAAAAUGAUUAUAUAUUUAAUUACUCUAUACUUGUGUAUAAAAUAAAGCCUUAUUGUAUUUCUUACUGAUAAUAUACUCCAUGUAAUCGCUAUUUGAAGAAUUUCAAUGAGAAGAACAAACAGAGCUAUAUCUUUUCAAAUUUAGCAGCAUAAAAACGAAAUAUCUAUUAAAUCAAUUUAUUAUAUUUUAAUAUUUUAUAACUCUGUAUCAUAGUAGUGUCAACACGUAAUAUUGCUAUAUAAUAUCUUUAAAUGAAUAAGCUUGCAAUUAUAUAUAACACAUUUCACAUGUGAAAAUAAUUUUUAGUCAAUAAAGUGCAGUAAUUUUUCAGUUUUCCGUUUUAUAAAUAAUGUUUAUAUUUUUACAAGAAAAUUCGAAAUAAUCUUUAGGUAAUAAUAUGUACAUAUCAUUAUCUAAUUCAACGUCAAAUUACAAUAAUAAUCAUAAUUUAUUAAUGAUUAUGGAUUGGCUCUUACCAUCUUACUAUAAUGAUUAUAACACAGAAAAUAUGAUUAAGCAGGAUGCUUUAUUUCCAUUGUGAGAAUAAUAUAGAGAAUCCUAUAAUAUUUACGUACUGCUUAUUGUAUUUAUACGGAAGCAUGAUACAUAUUACAAUUACAUAUAUGUAUACGUAAUAAAUUUUUUGGCGUAUACAUAUAUUCAAAUCUUAAAACUGUAUAAUUCAACAUAUCGACUUAUGACUCGGUUAAUCUAUAUUCUUUCGAUUUUCUCAAAAUGUUCUUUCACCAAGUUAAUUCAAAGUUUUUUCAUGAUAAAUAAUUAAUAAGUAUUUUAGUAAUUAGACAUGUAUCUGUACAAUUUCUUAAAAAUUAUAAAGUUUUGCGAUUCUGAUAAUAAUCUACUUUUUGCAUUCAUAUCUUGUUUCUACAUUUAAGAAACGUAAGAAUGUAGAACUUAUUUUAUAUAUAAUGCUAUUUCAAUGAAUUAAAUGCAUUUUGUCAUCUAAAGAAUUAAAAGUCAAAUAUUAUAAAGAUCAA